AUGAAAGCUUUCAUCGUUUACUGCGCUUUGGUAGCAUGCGUAGCUGCUGGCAACUUAAAACGGGACAAGCGAGGUUUUCUGGGUGGUGGCCAAUUAUUAGGCGGUUAUAGUGGUGGAUAUAGCAGUGUUGGUUACGGCGGAGGUUACAGCGGAGGUUACGGCGGAGGCUGCGGCGGAGGUUACUGCGGAGGUUACAGUAGUGGUUACAGUGGAGGUCUUGGCGGAUAUGGCGGAGGUUACAGUCUUGGCUACAGUGGUGGCUACGAUGGUGGCUACAGUAGUGGCUACAGUGGUGGUCUUGGCGGAUAUGGCGGAUAUUCCGCAUCAUCGGGCAACAUUGUAUCCGUCAACAGAGUCGUGAAUGUGCCACGUGUUGUCAAUGUACCUCAAGUUGUGAAUGUACGCAGAGUAGUUUCUGUGCCCCAGGUAGUGACAGUGAACAAGCUGGUGGCCGGUCCAAGCUAUAGCAGCGGCCUCAGCUCUGGUAUCAGCUCUCUCUAUGGGUCGGGAUCUGGCUACGGAUAUGGAUCCGGCUACGGAUAUGGAUCCGGCUACGGAUACGGAUCCGGCUCCUCGGGUUGGUGG